AUGUUCCCUAACCCUCGUCCUCGUCAUUCUCCUCUGUCCGCAAACAGACGAGCAUCUGGCACCAUCCGCGCUUCCAUCGACGCCUUCGUCAUCGGCUUCCAAGGCACGCUCUUAAAGUCCUCCUCCGACGGUCUUCUAGAGCCAGCAGCCGAGGCGCUCCGAACCACCUCUCUGCCCUUCUACAUCCUCACCUCCUCCUCCUCUCCCUCGCCUGCUGACGUCAGCGCGCUCCUGAAGCGCGAUGCGGGAGUGGAUAUUCCCGAGGACUCGCCGCGGAUCAUCACGGUGGCUGGGGCAGGCGACGGGGGAGAAGGGGAGGGCAAACUGGCCGCUCUUCUCACUGUGAACAGCAGGCCUCUAGCCCAGGACACAGCCAACACCAUGCAUUACAUCGACUCAGACCUAGCCACCCUCACCCUCGCAGCCAGCCAACCAGAGCUCGCCAGGUGGCAGCUGUACCACGCGCAGUGGAGCGAGAGUGGAGGAGGAAGCAAGGAGGAGGCGCUCAAUCCUCGCAUCAGGUCUAUCGCACUCAAGGACCUGGACGAGCUGCUGCGGUGGGGGCUGCUCAUGGGGGUGAAUGAUGGCUGCCAGGAGUACGAAGAUGGCACGCCUGCCACCUGA